CCUUGCCAUUAUUCUCACUGUAUUAUCUCUCAUUUUCUCUCUUAACCCCCUCCAACCAUGGCUUCCUUUAGCUGCUCCGCCACAGACCUCGCCCCUCUCCUCUCCGCCACCGUAAACUCCACCGCAGCAGCCACUUACCUCUGCUCUCAGUUCACCGCAAUAACCAACCAGCUUUCAGACACAUCUUACGCAAUUAACAACACUUAUCUUCUCUUCUCUGCAUACUUAGUCUUCGCCAUGCAGCUAGGGUUUGCCAUGCUCUGCGCCGGCUCAGUCCGAGCCAAGAACACCAUGAACAUAAUGCUCACAAACGUACUCGACGCCGCCGCCGGUGCAAUCUCUUAUUAUCUCUUCGGUUACGCUUUUGCUUUUGGGUCGCCGAGUAACGGUUUUAUCGGUCGCCAUUUUUUUGGUUUGCAUGAGUUUCCUUCUGAAUCGGGUGAUUAUAGUUUUUUUCUGUAUCAGUGGGCUUUUGCCAUUGCGGCUGCUGGUAUAACCAGCGGUUCGAUUGCUGAGAGAACCCAGUUUGUCGCUUAUUUGAUUUACUCUUCUUUCUUGACCGGUUUUGUUUACCCGGUUGUUUCUCAUUGGAUUUGGUCUGGUGACGGUUGGGCCAGUGCGUCCCGAACCGAUAACGAUCUUCUCUUCGGGUCGGGUGCUAUCGACUUUGCUGGGUCGGGUGUGGUCCACAUGGUGGGUGGGAUUGCUGGGCUAUGGGGUGCUUUAAUUGAAGGCCCGCGUAUAGGCCGGUUCGACCGGUCUGACCGGUCCGUAUCCUUACGUGGUCAUAGCGCUUCGUUGGUCGUACUUGGUACAUUUCUGUUAUGGUUCGGUUGGUAUGGGUUUAACCCGGGGUCAUUCUUGGUAAUCUUGAAGAGUUACGGUUCGAGUGGAGGGUAUUACGGUCAAUGGAGUGCGAUAGGAAGGACAGCUGUCACGACGACAUUGGCUGGGUGUACCGCUGCGCUCACGACUCUGUUUAGUAAAAGAUUAUUAGUGGGCCAUUGGAAUGUAAUCGACGUAUGUAACGGUUUAUUAGGAGGCUUUGCUGCUAUCACCUCAGGUUGCGCAGUGGUACAACCAUGGGCAGCGAUCGUCUGCGGCUUCGUAGCUUCAUGGGUUUUAAUCGGGUGCAACAAACUCGCAGUGAAAUUCAAAUACGAUGAUCCACUAGAAGCCGCACAAUUGCACGGUGGAUGUGGGAUGUGGGGCCUACUUUUCACAGGGCUAUUUGCGUCAAAGCAAUAUGUGAAUGAGGUGUACCCUAACAAGCCAGGGAGACCCUAUGGAUUGCUGAUGGGUGGUGGGGGCAAGCUUUUAGCGGCUCAGAUUAUUCAGAUUAUUGUGAUCGUAGGGUGGGUUACGGUGACGAUGGGGCCGUUGUUUUACGGGCUUAACAAGAUGCGGCUGUUGAGGAUCUCAAGUGAUGACGAAACAGCUGGCAUGGAUAUGACUAGACACGGUGGAUUUGCUUAUGCUUACCACGAUGAAGAUGAUCCGUCAAAUAAUAAAACUUCUUUUGUAAUGAGUAGAAUAGAGCCGACCAAUGAAAAUACACCAAAUCAUCAAAGAUCGCCAAUAGUAGUUUAAUGUUUGAUCUAAAAGUUUGUCACUUUCUUGGGAAAAUGUUGUUUGUGUUCAAUUUGGUGUUGAAUUUGUACAAUAUGAUAAAGAAGAAUGUUGCUAAUUAUAAUUAAA